AUGGCUGCGCUCGCUAAGGCUAUCAACGCCAAGAUCAGGUCCAACCCGAUGUUGAGCUAUGUCUGCACAACUCACGCGGCCUUUGUGGCCAGAAGCUGGCGCGCUUAUUGGAUCCAACGUCUAUACCUGGAGCCAGAAGCUAACAAAGUGUCGCAAACAGACUUUUGGGGACCUGUUUCCAACUUUGGAAUUCCCAUUGCUGCUGUGCUGGAUACCCAGAAGAGCCCUGAUCUGAUCUCCGGACAGAUGACCGCCGCCCUUACCGUCUACUCCUUGACCUUUAUGCGAUACGCUCUUGCUGUCUCCCCCAAGAACUACCUCCUGUUCGGAUGCCACGUUGUCAACUCAUGCGCUCAGCUCACCCAGGGCUACCGAUUCCUGUCAUACCACAAAUGGGGUGGAAAGGAGAAGGCGGCUCUGAACGCUUUGGAUAAGGGUGCCGAGGCUGGCAAGGAGUCAGCACCUAGCAAAUAA